CAGACUUUCGAGUACACUUUGAAUCAAACCACGAUCGCGAUCGCGUGUCUUGCUCGCUGGUUGUUGGGUGUCAAAAAGAAAAUAAAAUAAAAUAAAAAACUUAAAAACAAAUUAUAAAACAAAACUCAGAAAAGCAAAAACAAAAUAAGAAAAAAUCUCUGGCACUGUUGUUAUAUUUAUCUAAUCAAAUUCGUCGUUUAUUCGGUUUCGGCCUGUAUGUUCGGCGGCGAAACAGUCUACUUCGGCGUACUGAACCGUUCGGACGCGUGAAAAUAAAACUCUCUUCUCAACAAAAAAUCUUUUUUUUUUCAUAAUUUUAUUCUUCCCGAAAUUUAUUCUUACUUUCUUCGGACAAUAAAAAUAUUUAAAAAUCAAAAUCAAUAAUACCCAAACCCAACAGUGUAACAGAUGAAAAAUAGUUAAAUUUAUUCAAACAAGACUCAAGACUUGUGUGAAUUGAAAAGACAUUGGAGAGCAUCUCAAAUUAAGAAAAAAUUUCAAUUACUAAAUCAAUGAUGAUUUCUCAUAGUCCGCCUAUAUUUAGUCAUAGUCCGCCAGUCAGUUUCCUGUCUGAGUUCAGGAGCACCCAACAUUUACCUUUCCCUGAUGAUCAACGAGGCAGAUUUUGUCGGCCGCAGGCACUUACACUGGCGUCUAGAGCCAUUGCCAACAAUGCAAAUUCACAAGUGUACCGAGGACGACAGAAUGGAAUUGAACGUAUGGCAUCAGCUCCAGAGAUGCUGUUGCCACCUAAAUCGUGUAUUCGACGUUCACAAACAGAUAAUCAUGCCAAGGAGAGCCCAUGUGCGAAAAAUACCAAUGAGAGUCGUUUGCGCAAAAAAGUGAUAUUUGCUGAUGAUGAGGGACUAUCAUUAACAGAGGUACGAGUAAUGUCUGAACCCUCAAAUGUACCCCCAUAUUGGAGUGUGAAAUUUUUAGAACAAAUCACACAAGGUCUUGUUAGUCCACAUCCAGCUGAUCAAUGGGCUGUGGAUUUUAAACAACCUGCAUCCGACUAUUUGUCAUUUAGACAAAAAAUCGAAAAAGAUUAUGUUUGUCUGGAGAAUGUAAUUGUUAAAGACGAUGAAUCUCUAAUUGUGGGAACUGUAAAAGUUAAAAAUACAAAUUUCGAGAAGGAAGUCAUUGUCCGCGUUACGUGGGAUGAUUGGAAGACCCAACAAGAUAUGUUUUGUUCAUAUGCUAGGACUUAUGGACCAACAGCAGCUUAUGUGAUCUUUGAUACAUUUUCCUUUAAAAUAACCCUACCCCCAACAUCCAAGCGAUUGGAAUUCUGCAUAUGCUAUCGAACAGCCGGAAAGGAAUACUGGGAUAACAACGAGAACAAAAACUACACCAUCACAAAGCGAUCGCCUUUCUAUUAUCAUGCCCUGUCGCCAUAUGAGCCAUACCGACAUGGUAAUCAAGUUUCGGGCAUGUCGAAGCUUUCGAAUGCAUUAUCUAAAACUGAAAGCAAAUACAAUGCGCAAGAACCCAGUCCAUAUUACUGAUCGUAUCGAUCCAAAACAACAUGGAACCAACUUCUUGCAAAUUCAAGACUCAGUUAAUGAAUAUGAAACCAGAAAUGAAUCCUAAAUAAAGGUUGUGUGUAAAUAAAAAAGAGUACAAGGUUAAACUGAGGGCUUACGAUCGAUACGCACCUCUACAAAGCCUCAGCUAGCAGCUUCAAGCAGCAUUUCAACGGUCUGCAUCUAUAUAAGACCUUGAAAAAAAAAAACAACAUUUAAAUGACUAUUUAAACAAAAAAAUAACUACUACUUUAUCUACUCAAAAGUUUUAUAUACCUAUCCUUUUUAUUUUGUACCUUUAUCAUUUAGUUUUAACUCUGACCCAACUGUCCUAGUUAAAGAUUUUUAAAAUCGAUAGUCUCCAACUGUGCCAUAGUCGUGAUUAUUAUAAAUGUCAAUUUUAUUUCUUUUUCUUAUAAUCCUUUGGAAUAUUUGUGAGUGUUUUUGAAUUGUUCGUAUGCAAAUGAGGAUAUUUUGUUUUUGUUUAUACCAGCUAAAAAUAUUAAUUUUUUUUAUUAAAUUUAAUCAGGGAGUAUGUAUUUAUCAUUUUGAAUGAAAUUUAAUUCGGAGAUAAUUAGAAACAAAAAUAUAAUAUAAAAUUCAACUAGAAAGAAACAAAUCUGAAAUUAAAUAUAUUUAUAAAAAAAAAUGAAAUUAAUAAACAAAAAAAUAACGAAAAAAAUACUGAAACCAAAAGACUGAGAUACUGGUGAAUUUCGUACUAAAAACAACAAACAAAAUUGAUUAAAAAAAAAAAAAAAACAA